AUGUUAAUCUGUUCAUAUCUACCUAUCUAUCUAUCUAAUUCUCUCUGUUCAUAUCUAUCGAUGUUAAUCUGUUCAUAUCUAUCUAUCUAUCUAUCUAUCUAUCUAUCUAAUUCUCUCUGUUCAUAUCUAUCGAUGUUAAUCUCUAUUUUAUUGAAUGAAUAUAUCUAUCUAUCUAUCUAUCUAAUUUUGUCUGUUCAAAUCUAUCCAUCUAUUAAUCUAAUUUUGUCUGUUCUGUCUAACUCUGUUACUUUGUUCAUAUCUAUCUAUCUAUCGAUCGAUCUAUAUAUCUGUCAAAUUUUGUCUGUUCUAUCUGUCUAUCUAUCUAUCUAUCGAAUUUUGUCUGUUUUAUCUAUCUCUUUGUUACUCUGUUCAUAUCUAUCUAUCUAUCUAUCGAUCGAUAUAUCUGUCAAAUUUUGUCUGUUCUAUCUGUCUCUCUAUCUAUCUAUCUAUCUAUCUAUCUAUCUAUCUAUCUAUCUAUCGAAUUUUGUCUGUUUUAUCUGUCUCUUUGUUACUCUGUUCAUAUCUAUCUAUCUAUCUAUCUAUCUAUCUAUCUAUCGAAUUUUGUCUGUUCAUAUCCAUCUAAUUCUCUCUGUUCAUGACUAUGUUACUAUCUAUCUAUCGAUCGAUCUAAUAUACUUGAUACAAUUUUUGUAUUCUCCCUCUACAGGGUCGCAUCUAGGGCUCUUAUCAGGAGAUAGAAAACUGAUGAUCAAUGACUUAGCAGAGAGGGUGGCGGCUAGCUAUUUUUCACUUACAUUUGAGCUGUAG